CUUAAUAUUGAAACCCCUCCCCUCACGGAUCCACACACACACACACACAAAAUUACACCUUUCCGAUCAAUUAAUCGCCGUUAGAUCCAAAUCCAAUCGCCGGCGACCGCGAUGUCGCUCGCCGUCCGAUCUCUCCUCAUUGCUUCAAUUUUCCUUAUUUCGUCGCCGGUCUUUGCUUCCGAGUAUGAUCACAAGUAUCAACCAGAUGAACCAGUUAACCUUUGGGUGAAUAAAGUCGGGCCUUACAACAAUCCACAAGAAACUUACAACUAUUACAGCCUUCCAUUUUGCCGUCAACCUGGCAAUCCUGGACAUAAGUGGGGUGGUCUGGGUGAAGUAUUGGGUGGAAACGAGCUUAUUAAUAGUCAAUUUGACAUCAAGUUCCAAAAGAAUGUGGAAAAGUCUAAAAUUUGCGAGCUUGAACUUGAUGACUCCAAGGUUAAGCAGUUUAAGGAAGCUAUUGAGAAUAACUAUUGGUUUGAAUUUUUCAUGGAUGAUCUCCCACUGUGGGGUUUUGUCGGUGAGCUACAUUCGGACAGGAACAGUGAUAACAAGCAUAUGAUGUUCACACAUAAGAACAUUACGAUACAAUACAACAAAGAUCAGAUCAUUCAUGUUAAUCUUACUCAAGAGAACCAAAAACCACUGGAAGCUGGGAAAACACUAGAGAUGACUUACUCAGUCAAGUGGACGGAAACUAAUGUUACUUUUGCACACCGUUUUGAUGUUUACCUGGAUUACCAUUUCUUUGAGCAUCAGAUUCAUUGGUUCUCUAUAUUCAAUUCGUUCAUGAUGGUUAUCUUCCUCACUGGCUUGGUUUCAAUGAUUCUGAUGCGGACCCUUAGAAAUGACUAUGCUAAGUAUGCUCGGGAAGAUGAUGAUCUGGAAAGUCUGGAAAGAGAUGUAAGUGAAGAAUCUGGUUGGAAGCUUGUGCAUGGAGAUGUUUUUCGACCUCCUCGCAGUCUGGUUUUGUUGUCGGCAGUUGUUGGAACGGGUGCUCAAUUGGCCGUCCUGAUUCUUGUUGUCAUCUUGUUUGCAAUUGUUGCUACAUUGUACAUUGGGAGAGGAGCAAUUGUCACUACGUUUGUUGUUUCUUAUGCUCUCACAUCGUUUGUAUCUGGUUAUGUGAGUGGUGGCAUGUAUUCUCGCAAUGGCGGGAAACACUGGAUAAAGUCGCUGAUCCUCACUUCAUCUCUUUUCCCAUUUUUGUGCUUUGGAAUUGGUUUUGUUCUGAAUACCAUUGCGAUAUUCUAUGGUUCUUUAGCAGCAAUUCCAUUUGGCACAAUGGUGAUAGUUCUUCUUAUCUGGGGUGUGGUUUCUUUCCCCCUUACUCUUGUUGGUACAGUUGUAGGAAGGAACUGGAGUGGUGCUCCAAACAACCCUUGUCGCGUGAAAACCAUUCCUCGCCCUAUUCCUGAGAAGAAGUGGUAUCUUACACCAUCUGUGGUCUCGAUAAUGGGAGGACUACUACCUUUUGGUAGUAUUUUCAUUGAGAUGUACUUUGUUUUCACAUCCUUCUGGAAUUACAAGGUGUACUACGUUUAUGGCUUUAUGCUACUUGUCUUCAUCAUUCUUGUUAUUGUGACUGUUUGUGUGACAAUUGUGGGAACAUAUUUUCUGUUAAACGCGGAGAAUUAUCACUGGCAAUGGACAUCAUUCUUCUCCGCAGCUUCAACUGCGAUUUACGUCUACUUGUAUUCAAUAUAUUACUACUAUGUCAAGACUAAGAUGUCCGGCUUCUUUCAAACCAGCUUCUACUUCGGAUACACGGCCAUGUUCUGUCUUGGUUUAGGAAUUCUCUGCGGUGCUGUUGGGCAUUUGGGUUCUAAUCUUUUUGUGAGACGGAUCUACCGAAAUAUUAAGUGUGAUUAAGUUUCUUAUUUUGAAGAACAACGCCCCACAGUAGCCUCCCCGUUUUUGUAGUUUAUUAUGUUGAUACCAAAUGGAAGAUAUGCUUCAGAUUAAGAUGGGGGUCGGGGGACUGGUUUACACAGGAAUGGGGUCUUUAUAUUUCUUUCUUUUGUGGAAGGAAGGGAUGUAGAAGAAAAGGUUUAGAGGAAUGCAUAGAUUGUUUUUAUUAUGAAGAGAAAAGUGGUUCGGUUGAAGACUGUUUGUUAAUGUAGCAAGCUCUCAAGAAACAACUUGUUAUAUACAUGUUCUAAUGUAUUUUUAUUCAUUGGCUAUUCCAGAAAAUAAACUCUCUUUAUUGUA